AUGGCUCCCGAAAAACGAAACAAGUUCCUCGACGCAGACGAGAGCGACGACGACCUCGACCAGGGGUACGACUCCGAGGCCGAGGAGCUGCGCAAGGGAGGCCGCAGCGCCAAGAGGCGCAAAGUCGAUAGCGAAGACGAGGACGACUUCAGCGGCGAAGAACAGAAUGUCACAAAGGGCGCAGAAGACGCAGCGAGCGACGAUGAAGGCGUCGACGAAGAAGAAGAAGAUGCGGGAGCCUCAACCUCAACCAAGAAAAAGUCGACAAAGUUAGACCUCCCAGACGUCUCCAAGCCCCUCACGAAAAAGAACCUUGUCGCGACGGAAGAGGCCAUCAAGAAAUCCGGCGUCGUCUACAUCUCCCGCAUUCCGCCCUUCAUGAAGCCCCAGAAGCUGCGCUCCCUCCUCGAGCCCUACGGCAAGAUCAACCGCAUCUUCCUCGCGCCUGAGGACCCGACCGCGCACGCCCGCCGCGUCAAAGCCGGCGGCAACAAGAAGAAAUCGUACACGGAGGGCUGGGUCGAAUUCAUGCGCAAAAAGGACGCCAAGGCCGUCUGCGAGCUGUUGAACGCGCGGACCAUUGGCGGCAAGAAAGGGUCGUAUUACCACGACGACAUCUGGACGCUAAAGUACCUCAAGGGGUUCAAAUGGCGCCACCUGACGGAGCAGAUCACGGCCGAGAACGCGGAGCGGACGAGCAGGAUGCGGGCCGAGAUUAGCAAGGCGAGCAAGGAGAACAAGGAGUUCGUGCGUAAUGUGGAGAGGGCCAGGGUGUUGGAUGGUAUUGCUGCGACGAGGGAGAAGCGCGGCAAGGCGGCUGCGUCGACGACGGAAGGGGGGGCCUCUGUCGAUGGUGGUGCGACGGCGGCACCGGCGGCGGAGGCGGAGAAGCUGGACAAGAGGCGGACGGUGUUUAAGCAGAUACCCCUGGCGGAUAGGAAAAGCGAGCCUGGCUCGGCUGCGAAGCCGGCAGGUGAUGUUGCGAGGGUGCUGGGGAAGAUCUUCUGA